AUGUCCUCGUCGCCCUGGGACUACAUCGCCAAGCUCGUCUGCAUCGGCGACUCAGGAUGCGGCAAGUCUAGCCUCACCAUCCGCCUCUGCGAGGGCCGCUUCUCCCCCCACCACGACGUCACCAUCGGCGUCGAGUUCGGCUCCCGCAUCGUCCCCGUCGGGCCCCCGCACACCCAGCCCAAGGCCUCCGAGGGCCUCCCGGAGCCGCCACGCGACACCCCCCAGAAGCACAUGAAGCUCAGCCUGUGGGACACCGCCGGCCAGGAGACGUACAAGUCAGUCACGAGGUCCUACUUCAGGGGCGCCAGCGGCGCCCUGCUGGUCUUCGACCUCUCCCGGAGGCAGACCUUCCAGCACGUCACCGACUGGCUCAACGACCUGCGCCAGAUCGCCGAGCCCGACAUCGUCGUCAUCCUCGUGGGGAACAAGGCCGACCUGGCGCAGCAGGAGAAGAAUGAGCGCGAGGUUACGCGGGAGGAGGCCGAGGAGUGGGCCAAGCGGAACGGGGUCAUGGAGUAUGUCGAGACCAGCGCCAAGAGCGGCGAGAAUGUGGAAAAGGCCUUCAUGAGGGUUGCCGAGAGGAUAUACCAGAACAUACAGGCGGGCAAGUACGACCUCAACGACCGGAGGUCGGGUGUCAAGGGCCCUGGCGCUGGCAAUAAAGGCCAGGUCAAGGUGUCCAAUGAUCCGAAUCAGUCAAGCGCUGGGGGUUGCUGCUGA